GGUAAAACACGCAGUACAAUGGCGAAUACGUAUGCUGUGAUUGCUGCAUCCGUUUUGUUCUGCAUUGGAUUAAUUGGAAAUUCUAUCACCGUCUGUUUUGUUGCUGUAUCCAAACGGCUGCACACUCCAACAUACGUCCUGAUUGGAUGGCUAGCAGUGUCUGACGUACUCGCCUCUAUGACGCGAUAUGUUCAAAUAUUUGUCAAAUCUCUAUUCAAGGACUAUUCACACGUAUACUUAUUUAUAUAUGGGAUAUUUACCUUUUUAUUCAUUCACUCGGCAUUUUUCCAUAUGGUGUUAGUAUCACAUGUACGUUUUGUUUUCAUAACAAAUCCUCUGCACAGUUUGAUACUGAAAUGUAAAAAAAUUCUGUUAAUGUCUUUUGCCGUUUGGAUAGGCUCUAUUGUCGUUUUCAUCGGAUACGGAAUAAAUAUAAACCUUUCUUUAAUUGACAUGGUAUCUAUCGAAACAGCAGUUUUAGCUGAGGUUGGAUUUGCUUUGUAUGUCUCUGGAUUACCAUUUAUUAUUGUAAUUGUUUUUAAUGUUCGAAAGCUAUAUUACCUGUAUAACCAAACAGCUUCUGUUCGACGAGCCAGAAUAGCCAAUUUGAUGUCGUUAAUGUUUUGGAUUAUCAUUGUGAUUUAUCUCCUUAGUACAAUAUAUCCUUUUAUUUACACCAUUAACUAUGCAUUGUUUAACGGUUCACUUCUAGAUAGUAGCUUAGACUUAGUUAAUAAAAUGUUUUUUGUUUCAUUGCUUCUUAAUAGUUUGAAUCCGUUGAUAUAUUUCAUGUUUUCACCCCCUGUUUUAAGAUUUCUAUCCCGAUUAAGAAAAUGUUUUAAUAAUGGCACAGAUCGUCGCAUAAGCAAUCCUAAAUCAUGUCCUCAGGUGGAAUAGGUUGGUGAACUAAUUUUUCCUUAACCAUCUGACGUCACUUCGCUCUGGUUAUUAUGAUUUCCGUCAUCAAAUAAAAUCGUUUACGUUCUAUAAAAAGUAGGAGAUAUUUUAAAGUUUAAUAGUGGGUCUG